AUGAUGGAGCCCCUGCACAUUAAAACACCGGUGUUAGAAAGUCAUCCUAUGACAAAAAUAGCAGGAUUUCCAGUAUACUUAAAACUUGAGAAUGUACAACCAGUGGCAUCGUUCAAGAUUCGAGGACUUGGAAAUUUAUGUCAAAAGGUUGGACAAAAACUUAACAAUUAGUAAGCUUAAUUAAGAAACGCUGUUUUCCCGCUUAAACGUCUGUCGUCACUUUUAUAAAUAUGAUUCACCGAUGAUUGAACACUCGAUUUGGCAUUUCUUUAUUUAAGGGCUAUCUUCCACUCCUGGGAUUUGGAACCUGACGAGCAUUUUUCUCCUUAAGAAAUCCAUUCACAAAAAUAACACGUGUCAACAUAGGGACAAUACUGUGUCCUUAGCUGGCAAAUGAUCAUGGGGAAGAAUUUUUCUUAUUCCCGCGAUGGUGGGGUGGGGGUGGGGGAAGAUCUAGGAUUUUGAUUCAGAGGCCUCAGAUACAAGGAAGAGGUUGCAACGGUAACUGAACUAACUGUAUUUGGAGCAGGAAGAGGUGCAAGGGUUCUAGGGGCACUUUCCAUUUUAUUUACCAAGAAAUUCUGGAAAUUUCAUUUGGAUUGUUAAUGGAACACACAUUUUCCGGGGGUUCCACUGGAAAAUUCCCGGAAAUAAGUGGAACUUUGAAAUGGUAGUCCUGUUUUCCUGCUGGAACUUUCGGGUGGAAAUGCAUGUGCAAUUUACGAGUUUUCUGGCAUGUAAUCACCUGUUCCAGGCUAUUCACAGUGAUAACUGUGCCACCAUCUUGAAUUUGGUGACGAGAGCGUAAACGACUGCAACUUGAGUGAAAUGGAACACGUUCUUCACUCGAUGGACCUUUCCACAGAAGUUUCUGAAAGUUUUUGGUAAAUGGACAAUGCCCUUGAUCUGCCCCUAUUUCUAUAAUUAUAAGCCUUUCAUUGUAACUAUGACGUCAAAGACAUUCCUAUCACAUCUCAAUUUUACUCUGAGCUUCUUAAAUGGUGGUCCGAUUUUCGAGAGGAAUUUGACACAGAGAGAGAUCAACAAAAUAUAGUAUGGAAUAACAAAGAGAUACGGAUAAAUAAUAAGCCUGUAUUUUACAAAAACUUUUUUGAGUCUGGUAUAAUCUAUGUAAAUGAUCUUUUAUUACAUUUAAACAACACGGAUUCGUUUAACAUUAUUUCAAAGAAAAUUAGUAGAAUAAAUGUCUUAAUAUGGGCUGGACUCCGACACUCUGUACCUUCACAUUUGAAAACAACUAAUCGUACUUUUUCUAUGACCCCCCUCUCUUUUAGAAUUGAUAACAAGGAUUUUGAUGCGCUGAAAAAGAAGUCGAAAGAUUAUUACCUAUUGAUUAAAAGCAGAAAAGCACAGUUUCCAAAUAAUUCACGAUUUCUGAAACAUGAUUUUAACUUAACCGAUGAUCAACUGAAAAAAGUUUUUAUCCUGCCUCAUAAUCUAGCCUUCGAACCAUAUGUUAGAGCUUUUCAGUACAAGAUUCUUAAUUCUAUAUUAUACACUAACAGCAAAUUAUAUAAGAUAGGUUAUACUGCGGAUGAUAAAUGUUCUUUCUGUGAAUCAGAACCAGAAACGCUACCUCAUUUCUUCUUCCAUUGUGUGUACUCCCAGCUUUUCUGGAAACAGUUCGAAUCCUAUUACUAUUCUUUAACAAAGGAAUUCUUUCACCUUACUCUGCAAGACGUAUUGAUAGGAAUAAUAACCUCUAAAUGCCCCUUACUCAAUUAUUUGUUACUGAUUGCUAAGGUAUAUCUUUGGGAUUGUAGAAGGUCUGAAACGCUUCCAAAUAUAACUGGUUUCAAGCUAAAGGUCAAAAAUAAAUAUGAGACAGAGAAAUAUAUAUGUAUUAAAAACAAUACAAUAGAAAAAUUUACUAGGAAAUGGGCGAUAACCUCUGGCUCUGUGCUUCUAUAAGUUAGGUUUAGUAUUAUUAUAAUUGUCGUUGCAUUAUAUUGUUACUUUUAAGAUACUGUGUACUAGUAAGUAGGCACUGUGUAAUUGUUAUGCUUUGGUUACUGCGUAAGUGUGUAAGUAAGUUUACUUUAGUAAGUAGGCACUGUGUAAUUGUUAUGCUUUGGUUACUGCGUAAGUGUGUAAGUAAGUUUAUUUUAGUAUUAUUAGUGUAAUAGUAAGUAUGCACUGUGUAAUUGUAGUUUUAUAGGAAAUAAACAGACAUAUUAAAUAUAAAAAUAAAAAAAAAAGCCUUUGGAGGGUUAUUCACUCUUUGGGACUUCAAAGUUCUUCUUCUUGUGAAUUCAGUUACACAUUAGUGUCAACUGAUUUAUCUGAGAUGAAAAAUCUUAAAGGACAAUUAACACACACAAAGGGAGAUUGAUUUGCCACUUCCUUCCUUUCUUUUUAUUAUUUACAGGCAAUGCAAAGAGGUUGCAAUCACAUGGUUUGUUCAUCAGGUAUAACUUUUAUAUAUGUGGGUCAAAUUUGAUUUCAGGUAAAAAUUUCUUAACUUAGGUUGAUUCUCAAGUUUUCUUUGUCUCCUGGGGCAAGCUAAGGAAACAAGGAAAAUUGAGAAUCAAUCUAGCUUGAACCAAAACUAACCGAAAAUCAUAUAAUAUUUUGACUCAUCUAAUGUAUCCAUAACACUUCUACUGCAUAAGGUUUCCCCAGGUGGAAAAGCUUGAGUCUUGAUUAGUCCAGUUGAAAAGGUUGCAGACCAGCAAGGCUCAAUUGGUUCAGGCAUUUAAACAAAGCCCUUAGCUCACCAUUCUUAAAUCAGUUCCAUAGCUUAUCAUUCUUGCCAUUAAAAAAGAUGUCAAGUUAAGGGAGGAAUACUGCAGGUAUUUGCCUGUUUUCCUGGGUGUGGUUUUAAAACUGUCUAGUUUGGCAUAUAGGAUAAAAAAUAUCAGCAAGUUUUGGUCUAUAAAAGUAUGUCAUUGUAUACUGGGAAAGAUAAGUAGGUAACUUAAUAAAUGUAGAAUAGGAAAUGAAGUGUUUUGCCAUAAAGGUCCUGGCAUCCUGCACAUAAGGUGAUGCACUACCACAGAAAUAUUUGGAUUACCACCUUGGGGAAAUGUCAUGCUGACAACCAUGUGGUUUCAAAAAGUUCAACUUUGAUCAAAAUUUUAAAUGAGGUUUCAGAAACUGUUUUGUCCUCUAUUUCACUGUAGGAGGUAAUGCUGGGCUAGCAGCAGCUUAUUCAGCAAGGAAGCUCAAAAUCCCAUGCACCAUAGUGGUACCUGGAACAACACCAAUGUUUAUGGUGGAAAGACUGCGAGAAGAAGGGGCCACGGUUGAAAUAUGUGGUGAUGUGAGUUGUUUGUAUGUCACGUGAUAAGUAGAUUAGCCAUCAGUACAUUAGGUAAAGGGCAGUCCGAACGAGCGGAUCCAGGGGAGGUAGAUUGGGUGGGUUGGCUUAUCACUUCCCCCCAUUUUGGCCAGCUAGUAUGUUUGUUGGAACAAUUUUUUUGCACUUUCCUCCUGUGUUGCAGGUAAUGCCAUGUACUGCCAGCGAGAGGACACAAUUUUGGGGUAGCCAUUUUGUUGGGUUGUAAGAAAUUGCAGUGGUACAGCUUCCUAUGAAUCCUUUGGGGAAAUGAAAACCCAGAUAAGCCCUUAGGUGCUGACAAAUGGGUCCACUGUCACACAUUCCCAACUUCUUCAUACUAUUCAUUGUUUUCUGGCUUUUACACUGAUAGAGACAUUUUUUAAUGUUGUCAUAGUCUUGGGAUGAUGCUGAUGCCCUGGCGGUGAAGCUUGCUAAACAACCAGGUAAUUUGAAGUUUCUGCUUUUAUUAUUGUCAUCAAAAAAUCAAAAAUUGAUAACUGCUACUGACUACAUGUAGUUAUGAAGUUGGAACCAUUUCUUUUAAGUUACUUAGCUGCAGCUGUGGUGUUUUUUCUUUUCAGGCUAUGCUUAUAUUCCGCCCUUUAAUCACCCUGAUGUCUGGUAUGUCAUGGUUUUUAAUGACCGGUAGAUUUUUUGGUAAAGGUUAUAGUCACUAGAGUUCUGUGUUUUACUUAGAGUUUUCAAACUAAUAUUGCCUCACUGAGCUACCUUUAACCACCACUAUGGAAUUUUUGUGAUAUGUCUCUUAGCAGCAGUGAACAAUGGAAGGCGGCUGUAUCUGUGGGCUAGGCUAGAGUUAACCUUAGAGUGGUUUUCAAUUCAUUUGAUAAAUCAUGGAUCAAACUCCAUUUCCUCAUGGGUUUUACUUUUAUCAGCUCUUUGCUUUUCAUUGGCUUUAAAAAUUUUCACCUCUACUCAAACAAGUUGUGAGUCAUUUUCUUUUAUUCCUUGUUCCAUUUGUGUACGAAUAGCUUUUUUCUAAUGGCUUUAUAAAAAAUUAAUGUCAUUGAAUGAGUACUCUUAUAUUUAUUCAAAUGAAGCCUUUGCCUAUCUUGGACAUUCUCUCUUCAGGGAGGGUGUGGCAACUGUCAUUCAUGAAUCAGCAGAACAGCUACCCGAGAAGCCAAGUGUGGUCGUGGUGUCUGUCGGGGGUGGUGGACUUAUGUCUGGUGUACUACAAGGCAUGCAUGAUGUUGGAUGGGCUGAUGUCCCACUUAUUGCCAUGGAAACCAAAGGUGCAGAUAGUUUUGAUGCAGCUGUUCAGGCAGGGGAACUUGUUACCUUAGAUGCCAUCACAAGGUUUGUUUGAAAAUCUUCUAAUCCAAAGAUGGACCAAGGCAAUGUGUUUUUAAAGUAACUCUCACUUAGUACUGCGCAUUUAACACUUAUGUCAUGCCAGAUUUUCACUACUGGUACCAAAAGCAUUGUACAGUAGAAUAAAACUUUCCUACUUGUUUGUUUUUACCUAGGCCAAUUAUAUAAAGGAAAAUCUUUUGGCAUAUCCUUGUUAUAGAUAGAGGUGAGCAGAUCUAUUGGACCUAAGCUGGGUUACCAGUGUGGCAGGCAUUGACAGGGUUGGGGAAGGAACUUAGGGAAAAGAGAGGAAGGAUUUUUGAUUUUCUUGGGGGCGUCUCGUGGGCGUAAUCAAACCAACCACGCGAAUAUCAGGGGCGCGAACCACUUGGUACAUGCUAAAAAAGCAGAGUAGAUUUAAUAUCUGAUCGCUCUGUUUUGUUAUCUGUACCCGUUGCCAGAUUAGCCCAGACGUGACUGAUAUAACAGGAGACAGAGAAUUGUGUUUUAAAGUAAAUUAGUCAUUACAAAAUGUCCUGUUCUUCUUUUUAACAGCGUGGCAAAGUGCCUUGGUGCAAGGACUGUGGCCGCUAAAGCGCUGGAAUGGACUCAGGAUCACAAAAUUAUUAAUCACGUGUGCAGCGACCAGGAAGCUGUGUUAGCUUGCGAACGAUUUGCAGGUGAAAAGGGUCUUGUUGUAUGGUGCAUAAGUGGUUAGCUUACUGCUUUGAUGAAAACUUCAACCUUCCUUACGAACGCACUCCACCUCCCCGCCAAAAGCCGGAAAUUUCGCCAGGAGCGGUCUGAGACUUUUUCGGAAAAACCCGUUGAGCCUUAAAAAAAAUUCGAUGGACUUAUAGCUUGUGCGGGAUCGUGAAAAGAGAAAACGUACCAUCUUGAGAUUUCAAAAUGUGAUGAAUAUUAAUACCAGCAAAAUGCGCAUCGUAUAAAGAAGCGAAGCGAAGUGAACUUGUCAUGGAAAGUGACCGGGGAAAAUUUUCCAAGUGUGAUCCUCUGCACGAAUUUGUUUUCGGCCAUGAUUAACUCUCAAAAGACACUUAAAAUGGAAGGCAGACAGCUGAGGCCCUGUACGUGGUGGUAGAAUACUGAUGAGGCAAGUUAACAUUCACACAUCAAAAGAUACAGUUUGUCUUGUUUUCAUUAAUUGAAGCAACAUUAGCGUCGAGGAAACCUCCCUGUACAGUUUUUCAAACACAAAAUAUGCGUAUGAAACGGGGAACGUUCUUUUUGCGAGGUUUUUUCGUAGUUCCAGUAUGCAUGAUGGUUUUAGGUUUUUGACUCCACCGCUGCAUCGCUUUUCUAAUGGUCCGUCCCCCAAGAAUGUGGCAUGGUAUAAAUUCAGCCAGGAAUCUCAGGGAUGUAUAGUUCAGAAUUCAUGAGAAUUUGGCAACAACAGACCUCUAAGAGGCCUUUAAAAGUUGAAUACCGUAUUUGGAUAACCAACGGGUAGCCCCCCCUUUCAUGUCAAAUGAAUAUUAAGGCACGGGAAAUGUCGCUGAUUCCGCGAGAAGACGUGACGUUCGAGAGAAGAGAGGAGUUGGUUGUUUACCAUUUACAAACAUUUUCCGGGAAAUCCGGUGGAAAGUAAAUGGAACAAGAAUUUUUGGGUCUUCCCAACGGAAAAUUUCCGGGAGCAACGGAACAUCUGAAAUGGUGGUCUUGUUUUUCCCCAUGGAAUAUUCCAAACGGAAAUUCGUGUUCCAUUCCUUCAAAGCCAUCUUUGAUACCAGUUACAGGCCUUCGCGGCUUUUUUCGGUAAAUGGAACUGAUUUGUACAAAUGAUAAAGGCGAUUCCGGCACGAAAUUUACCAGUCCUGAACUUUGCGAACCAUUUAUCCACACCAUGAACCGAAUGGUUUACCCAUGUAAAUGGUAAACAACCAACGUGACCACGUAUGUCGGGUUUAGCCGCCAUUUUCUUUGUUGGCUGGAAAAACUAAGGUGUGAUUUCCGAAACCCCACAAAAUUGCAACCUUUGAUGCAAAAAGUAAAAGCUUUUUUCCAGGGCAGAAGAACUUGGUUUUUUGGAUAAAAAGCUCUUUUCUUAUGAGCUUCAUGAGGAGUAGCGAAAACUAAAUUAAAGUUUGCUCGCGAGUGUUAUAAUUCACUCUGCCUUAGGGACCGGUCAUUAUUUAUGUGGGGGGAAGGGGGGGAAAAAUCAUGGGGUGGGCCAGGCCUAUUUUUUUUAGAGAAAAGGGGUGGGUCCAAAGAGAAUUUCACGAUGAUUGGGGGUGGGUCAUUGUGUGUUUUGUAAAGAAUCACACUCACUACAAUUCAUGUGGAAGAUCUAAAUAAAUUCUAAUGCAAUGCUGGAUAUAAAAUAUAACACAACUGGAUGACACAUGUAGCAAUCCAACCUAAGUAUGGAGAAUCAAAGAUUUGGGCACUAAAUAUCAAUAAAUACACAUAAGCCCUAUUGAGAAGGCUUGCAUGCUUCUUUUUCUUAAUAUAACUGUCUGGGAACUUUUACUACCUGAAGCGUGAACAGCUAGAAAUCAUUAUUGGUGUCAAUAAUGGAUUAUUGAAUUCAUUAUUCAACUUAGUGAAAUCAAAUUUUUCCAAUUUUCAAAUCAAAAACAGUUUGAAAAUUCGUUUUUNAUUAAAUUUUUAUGUUACGCUUGCCCCCGUCAAUAAAAAAGCAGAUUAUGUUAAACUCCUUCCGAUUUGAAUAUUGCAAAAAUUAUUUUUUCAAUAAUCGAUUAAUGAAAUCAAUAAUGAUGACUAGCUGUUCACGCUUCAGGCAGUAUGACUGUAAUAUGGAGCUAUUGAGCUCCUUUUUGUGACCAUCUAAAAAGCAAGGAUUGUCAACUCUCCAAUACUCUUUUAAUUGUAUUAUCAACAAGUUCAAACGCAUCCAUUGCAAAUAGUCCUUGAUUCCUCAUAAUGUGCAAAUGUUCGACGGCACUUCUCUUCAACCUCUUAUAGAGGUAUAGAUUGAAGGGGGUUGGGGGUGGGUCACCUCUUAUAUAAAGUUAUAUGGGGGUGGGUCAAGAAUUAACUAAUGCGCUUGAAGGGGUGGGUCACGUUUUUUCUUUCAUGCUAAAACAAAAAAAAUCCCCCCUACCCCCCCACAUAAAUAAUGACCGGUCCCUUAGAGCUAACGUUCGGUCCUCCGACGGUCUCAUGAAUCUCUUUCUUUUAGCCAAACUUUCUCUCAGUCAAGCCAAGUUAGUUCAUUGUAUCUAUGUUUUUAUUAAAUGUUAGUGUUAUCAAACAUAAAACUCAAGUUUUUUUUUCGUUUUCAGACGACCACCGCAUGCUUGUUGAACCGGCGUGUGGUGCAUCGCUUGCCUGUGUGUAUGAACGUCUUUUCAAGGUCUGGCAGGACCAGGGAAAGCUUGGAGAAUUAAAAUCAGCUCUCGUGAUAGUCUGCGGCGGAAAUAUUGUCUCUUUGAAUGCGCUGAAGGAAUGGAAAGAGAAACUUGGACUUAGUUAACUUUGUCAGUUCAUUGUAUAUAAUCCGAAACCUGAGUCUUUGGAAAAACUCAGAAAUAAUUUAGAAACUCUUUAGGUUAUUAAUCAUAAUCUUCCAUUUUUAUGAGGUUUUACUUCGGGUCAACUUUCAGGCAAUUGUUUCGGGCAUCGUUGCUGGGUACGCGCCAGUCAGCUAUCUUAUUGGCCAUUUUUUGCCCCGUGACAGUCCCAGAGGUCUUUGCGAACGUUAACUCGCCCUUUCUUAAAGUGGAAAAUUGACGUCGGAAAUUAGUAAUGGUAACAGGACUGAGUGGAGUCCAAUUCGGUCUGUAAUCAUACGAGUGAUUAACAAAAUCGGACGACCGCGUAGCGGGAGUCCGAUUUGUUUAAUUACGAGUAUGAUUACAGACCGAAUUGGACGACACGAAGUUCUGUUACCAAUUAAUCAUAACUUUAACAAAAUUUGUGAUAUAUAGGGCUCUUUUUAAAUCAAAACACAAGAAAUUCCAAGAUUUUUUCGCUAGCCAUGAAAAAAAAAGCCAUUUAAGCGCGCGCGUGAUGGCGCGUACUGUCCAAUUACUUAGGCAAGACGCGUACUGUCCUAUUAAGGCUGAAAUCAGGGCAGUUGAGAACCAAUCAGAUUUGAGAAUUUUGUUAUAGUUAUGAUUACUCGUUGAAAUAGGGUUGACGUUGUAUUAGCGGGACGGGUAAUCUUUAUUUAUGCAAAGCAACUGUUAUAGUAACUAAUGCUGGUAUCCAUGGGCU